GCUGGUAUAGCCUGUGGUGUCAGGGUCACAGCCAAGCUCAAGGCCAGUCAGAGCAUCACUCUGUUAGCACUCACUCAGCCACCACCAUGGGGAACUGCAGCCAGAGAUGCAAUGACUACUUCUGCCGGCCAAAGAACACCAACAUCCGAAUUAAACUGCCUGUGGUCUGCUUCACCUGGCAGAUUGCCAUGAUUAUUCUCUUUGGAGUCUUCGUCCGCUACGACAGCGAAUCAGACGCACACUGGCCAGAGACAAUGAUCCAAAAUAAUAUCACCAGCAAUACAGAGAAUGACUUUUACUACCGAUACCCCAGUUUCCAGGAUGUCCAUGUCAUGAUUUUUGUGGGUUUUGGGUUUCUCAUGACUUUCCUGAAGAGAUACAGUUUCAGUGCAGUCGGCUUCAACUUCCUCAUCGCUUCAUUUGGAAUACAGUGGGCUCUGCUCAUGCAAGGAUGGUUUGGCUCUCUAGAUCCCUCGACUGGAAAAAUCUUAAUUGGGGUUGAAAAUCUGAUCAACGCUGACUUCUGUGUAGCAGGCUGUCUCAUAGCCUUCGGGGCGGUGCUGGGCAAAGUCAGCCCGGUUCAGCUGCUGGUUAUGACCCUGUUUGGUGUCACGCUGUUUGCUGUGGAAGAGUACAUCAUUCUGGAGCUCCUUCAUGUGAAGGAUGCUGGUGGCUCCAUGGUCAUCCAUGCUUUUGGAGGUUAUUAUGGUCUGACCAUCUCCAGGGUACUUUAUCGGCCUCGCAUACACCAGAGCAAGCAUCUCCAGGGCUCUGUGUACCAAUCGGACGUCUUCGCCAUGAUUGGCACACUGUUCCUGUGGAUGUUCUGGCCCAGUUUCAACUCGGCCAUCGCUUACCACGGAGAUGGUCAGCACAGGGCAGUCAUCAACACCUACUUGUGCCUGGCUGCCAGUGUCCUCACCACAGUGGCCAUCUCAAGCCUCUCCCAGAAGACAGGCAAGCUUGAUAUGGUACACAUCCAGAAUUCCACCCUGGCAGGAGGUGUUGCCUUGGGGACGGCAGCCGAGUUUAUGGUCAGCCCCUACGGUGCUCUGAUAGUUGGGUUCUUGUGCGGCAUCUUGUCCACCAUGGGCUACAUCUUCAUUUCGCCCUUUUUGGAGAAGAAUCUGAAGAUCCAUGACACAUGUGGAAUUCACAACCUGCACGCUAUGCCUGGACUCAUUGGCGGGAUAGUUGGAGCCAUCACUGCUGCAACUGCCAACGAGUUGGACUAUGGAAAGCAGGGGUUGAUCAACACAUUUGGCCUCACUGGAAAAUUACAGAGCAGAUCUCCGUCAACUCAGGGAGGAUAUCAGGCUGCUGGCAUUUGUGUGGCCUUGGCCUUCGGGAUUGUAGGCGGAGCUAUCGUUGGUGGCAUCCUGAGGUUGCCAAUCUGGGGUGAUCCGGCUGAUGAGAACUGCUACGAUGACGAGGUGUACUGGGAGGUCCCUGAAGAGGAUGAGGAAAAUCCAGACAGCAUCCCUCCCAUUCUGGAGUACAACAACCAUAUGAUCCACAAGCAGCAAGAAAUAUCUGAAUCUAACUUCUCUGUGGAUCACUGUGGAGCUUAAAAACAGUGGUCUUAGGGGUCUGCUGGGGGAUUCUCACGAGACUUGGCUGUAGAGUUUUUUUAGUUCCAAAACCUUGAUGCAUCUCCUGAAGUAAAUUAUCAUUCAGAUGACUAAUUUGGGGAUGCUCUUAUUUAAAACCAAUUUAAAUGUUCACUACAAUUGGGUUAGUUUUCACCCAAAAUGUUUGUGAAUGAAUUUCCAAUUUGUGUUCUAAAUAAAUUAUUGGAUAAUUUUAUAAAAUAUUUCUUUAAAAAAAGAAAUACAACACAAAAUGUAUAGCUGUAGGUUGUCCAUGAAUAAAACAAAUGAUAUAACAUAAUAGUUUACAUUAAUCUAUAAUUUUAUUACAUAAAGAUAUCUGUGGGCAUGUCUCACAGCUGUAACACUGUGCCAUGCUGCUGGACUGUUGAACAACCAAGGAUCUGCCAUGAUCCUAGAAACAACCAACUAUGCCUCCUCAUUCUGUGACAUUGUACAUUUUCUUACCAUUGUCUUUUAUCAGAAAAAAAAACGUAUAUAAAUAUUUACUGUAUUUAACCAAUGCCCCAGUAAAGACAAGUUAAGGAUUUUUGUAUUUACAAAGCUUUUAAAGCUAGUUUAAUAGCUUACAUUCCUGCCUAAUCAUGUUUUUCUUUUACUGUUAUCAUUAUGACAAAAUGUAUGUGAAUGUUUUAUAUAAAUCUGUUAUCUGAAUCUGAUGUAAAUAUUAUUUUACUUAAAUGUUGCUACCAAUGUAACUUAAUAAAUUCAAAGUGAUGUGAAAUAUCCUGUGUUUGCUAUUUCUCCAUGAAGGAAACUCAGCCACGCAAUAAAAUGCAGUUGCUUGUUUAUAAUCCAA